CCCGCGGUUUAUUAUUCUAUGUUUGAUAAUGAUCAAAAAAUAUUAAACAAAAGUGAAUACAUUUAUGAAAAUAAUACCUUAACAGAUAAUUUAGAAGUUUUAUCCUCGCGCUUAUUAUUAACUCAAAUUUUGAUUGGGAUUAGUAGUUUAGGUGUACUUUGGAUAUUGUCAGUAAUCAUUUAUCUAUUUUUCAAACUCAAACUGUAUCAAUAUAAUCAAAACAACUAUAAAAUUUGUAAAAAUUCUUUAAGAAUCUCAUUGGAGCCCUUACAGAAAAAAACAAACAAUGGCAAUAAAAAAUCUUUGCUGCCCUUAAAUUAUGAAAGAGGGCCACAAUCAAAAAAGAAAAAUUCCUUAGUUACUUUAUCAACAAAUUCUAAACAACAAUUAUACAAUAAUGGGAAAUUUAAAACUAUAGACUCCACUUCUGCCACCGCAACUUUCGCUUACAGUCCCGAAUCCCCUCUCUCCCAUUCAGCCUCAGUCAACUCCAAUAAUUCCUCCUCCGCCCAAUUCGCAGAUUCAUAUAAGCGUUACAAGAGGCAACAACGGAAUCGCAUGCGUCGAGACUUGGCGACUGUUAUAGCCACUACAUUGCACCGAAAAUCCGUUGCGGACUUUCUCCGUGAUACACUAAUACCAACCGAAUCGUUAACACAACCCCCUUUACCAGCUAUGGCGGCGAAUAAAUUGUCACCCAUAAUCGAUGAUUACACAAUUAUAGCAAAUCAAUUGACAUCCACUUUUACCGACCAUGCUGCUAUCGCAGCUGAUCAACUCCAACAUGCCCUUAUCGGGGAUACCUUUAAAACAACUAGUAAAACCACGACCAAGACAGGCUAUAGCUCGAUCGAUUUCCCAAUGUUACUGCCUGUGGGAGUCGUCGUGUUUGAGAAAAGAACCGCUCUUUAGACACAACGGCCUUAAUCAUUUUUUUGGUCAUUAAAAAAAUAUUCCAGAAUUUAAAUGAAAAAUUUUUGAAAGUACCCCUAUAAUAAAAACCUAUCAUUAAUGGAAUCAUGGUAAAUUAUUUAAAUGAAUUUUUUGAUGCCUAGAUAUUUAACCUCUUAGCCCCCCCCCCAAUAUAUCCAUUAUAUUACAAUAUUGCAAAUUAUUAACAAUAAUAAUAAUUUUAACAAUGAAAGGGUAUUUAAACUUUAACCCAACAUUGCAAUUUAAUAUUUAUAAGCAAAAAAUUUUACUUAUGUAAAUUUAUAGCACUUCUUUUUUUUAAACGAUAUAAUAAUUCUGUAAAUCUCUUAUUCUAAAGAGUUUAUUUUUUAUUACUAUUUGUCAAUAAAUUCAUUAUGUCAACGGAAUUCACUAGCGGAAAUCUCGUUGAGGACGGUUGAUUUUUGUAAAUGAGAUUUUUUUGUGGGGGAGGUCUGAGGCGAAUGGAAUUCAAUUGCAACCCUUUGAAAAUGUUUAGGAGAAACAAAAUAUCAAUUUCGAUUGCAAUUUAAAUGGAAGGAAUGAAUAAAAAAGGUUUCUUGGUAAAUGACGAAGAUACUCUUAACUGAUAAAUUAUGCCCAAAAAAAUCGAAUUCUAGACAAAAUGUCAGAUAUUAGGGGUUGCAAACGAUAAUAAGAUUGAUUUGCUUUUAUUAUAUUCAAUCUACAUUUAGAUGAUUAAAAAAAUAACCUUUUAUCUUACUUAGUUUCAUUUAAAUUAUAUAAAAAAAAUAAUAUUUGUUCCUGACAUAAAUAUAUUUGAAAAAAUUAUUAUUUAUUAUCAAUUACAUAUAAUUACCACCUAGACUAUCGAUUAAAUCAUUUGAAAUGUGUUUCAAUGCAAAUCAGACGGUGAAGCAAUUUUGGUUUCUCUUAUGUUUUAAAAUUUAUGAAAAUUUUAAAAAAAAUUUAAUAUGAAAAUCCUAAAUGACGUAACAGCUGAUUUGUAUUCAACGACAUUUCAAAAAGCAUUUUGAUAGACUCUAAGUCAGGUUAUAUGUAUUAUUCGUGUAUUUUUUUUUGUUUAUUUUCGUUUUUUUAAUAUUUGAUAAAUAUUUUUUCCCUUUGUAAAUUAUUGUUAUAAAAAAAGAUGUUUUAUUUGUUAUUAUUGAUGGCUCAAAAUAAAAGGGUAUGUUUAUUUGUAA